UAUAUUUACGGUGAGUCGUGAGACCCCGUAGCAGUUAAUAAAAGUAAUUAAAAGUGAGUCAUCUAUAAAUAAAAACAUCAAAAAAUUAAAAUUUAACGGCGAGUUGAAAAGACCCCGUGUCGGACAUCAAAACGCUGGAAAAGAUCCGACAAACAUCAGCGACUGGCAUCAGGAAGUACGAGCGGCGUCCUUUCAUCUCAUGGCGUCAUCAUCGACUCCUGGAACUUCUUCGGUAAUUGUGGAAAACAUCCUGGUUAAUUAAUUAAUUAUUACUUACUAAUUUUAUUAUAAAAUAUUAAUUGAAAAAAUCGUAUAUUAUACGUAUAAGUUAGGGAUAAAAUUUAUCGUUUUCGCGGCGUGGGUUCGAGAGUAUUCGGUCGCCAUUUUGUUUAAGUGUCUGGGUUGUCUUUGUUAGGUAGCGUCAGAUUAAUUAAUUAAUUCAGUCGAGUCUAGCGACCACUGAUUAAUUAAUUAAUAAUUAAAAUUCUUAAAAUUUAAAUUACAUUUAAUUUAGCAGGUAUUUUCUUAGAGAUACUGAGUCUCACCGACCGUUCUCUAGGAGGUGCUGAAAUUUAGUUUGGUAGAAAUUAUUGGACAUUGUGACCUUGGUGCCGAGUCUCACCGACCGCAUCACUGGAAAAAUUCAAGACAACAAAAACCCAGAACUUAGGCGGUAAUAAAUUUUAUAAUUGCGAAUAUAUUGUAUGUGUGUGUGUGUGAUCUGAUAUUAAAAUUUUCCUCGCCAGCAAAUUGUUAAAAAUAAAGGAAGUGAUAAUAAUUAUAGAGAUUUGAAAAAUUUAUAUGAAAAUUAUUAAAAUUAUAAACACGUUAAAAUUGUCGGGAAAACUUAAAGUUUUAUUGUUGUUAAAGAGAAUUAAUAUUAAGUAAAAAGCAUAUCUGUUUGCCACCAUAUUUGUUAUAAAUAAAUUUGGAUAUAUUUUAUAUAAUUUAUUGAAAUAAUUAUUCUCGAUUGACUAAUGAUGUUGAGUCUGACGACCACUCAUUAAGUGAUUGAUUAAAUUCAAAAUAAGAGCCUAACUCUGCAGCUGUGUGGUCCAGCCUGGAUAAGGAGAUUUUCGGACUCAUCCUCGAGAUUUCUUUUGCUCUCUGCUUUGUUUUGCCUUGCACACGAUACUGAGAGAUCGUGCAAUUUUACUCUCAGUGGCGCCCUUAGAACUUUUUGAGUUCAAAAGGUGUCCAAAUUGUGACCUCGUAAGCCUCGUCGUCAAGACCACGGAAGUCGAGGGGUACCCGGUUAUAUUUGGCGCCCAACGAAAUAAUUUCCUUAUCAUGCAGAGUUAAAUUUUUAGUAAAUUCAAAAGUAGAGUUUUAGCUAAUUAAAAUUAAAUUCAAUAAAAUUAAAAUCAAAAAAUUUUUUUUUCCCUUUAUUACAAAAAAAAAAUUUGCUGGUGAGUGAGUGAGGAAAGUUGAAAAAAAAAAAAAAAAAAAAAAAAAAAAUAAAAAUAAAUAGAAAUAAAACAAACAUUUUAACGCAAAAAAAAAAAUUUUAACGCAAAAAAAAAAAUUGAGUCGUAUAAAAUACGUGAAGGCAGUCGAGUCAACAAUUUUAGCUUGAUGGUACGGUACUGAUUGUUUGCGUAGCAACAGUAGACACAAAAUAAUAAAAUAAGACAAAAAUAUUUCAAUAACACUAAAGUACAAAAGACUUGAGUUUAUAGUUAGAACCAGUCAAAAAUAUAAACAAAGUAUUAAAGAAAAUCUUACAAGGGAUUAAAAGUUAACGUAAAGACAAAUAAAAUAAAUUAAAUUAAUCCUUAGUAAAUAUUUUACACUUGUGUUGUCCAUAAUUUAAUUCUAUUCCGGUUCAAUUGGUAAUAAUAUUUGGUACUUAAAAUGUCAAAGCUAAAAUCGGGUAAAGGAGUUUUAACGCGAUCACAAAAUACAGGGGACGAAUUGUUGAACUUAGAGUCACCGGAUCCAACGGGAGGUAGUAAAUUAAUUCAUACACCCCCGGGAAAUACAUCGGGAUUCCGGACUCCCACAGAACAGACGGGAAACGACACUAUUUACAAGACACCCAUAGACUCUUCGUCAAAGGUAUCAUUACCUAAAGUCCCUCCACUAAAUAUCCAAGAUCCUUCACUCGAAAAUAAUGCACAAACUCAAUCCUGGUUUAAUGCAGGAGCUAGCAACGCUUCUACUCCUGGCCUCGCUCCAGUGUUAGCUCGUGUUGACGCUAGGAUUGACAAUCUAACAGCACAAUUACGUACACAGGGUGAAAUGAGUAACGUACACGUAGACGCGAUAAAUCGGUUAACUGACGCGGUGAACCAGUUAUUUUUACGCGAAACGACUUGCAACAAACAUUCACAGAAUAGUAAUGAACAAGCAGAACAAAGUCAAACGGUAUCAGUUGUCAGAACUGUCGACCCUUCAGGUCUCAGUCUUGGUGGGGGGGAGACAGUGCAUGCUGCACUAGAUAAUAUUCCGGCGUUAGUAAACAGUACAUUACCGUCUAAUACAAAUCACGUAGAUUCACGUAUAAAUCCACCGGUAAAUUCAAAUUCUUUGGCGCGAACAAACGAACGCAGAUGGAAGGACAUUCUGGAUCACUUGAAAAUGUGGCCAUUACGUUUUCCUUCUCAAGAUUCAUCAGCUAAUGAGUUUAUCUCAACAGCUGAAGCACAUGCUACACGGGAAGGGUGGUCUGACGAUGAAUUAUUACGCGUUAUGGGGUACUUAUUACAAGAUAGAGCCGCGAAAUGGUUUGACGUGAAUUUUACGCGCUGGAACUCAUAUAGACAAUUUAAACUUGAGUUUGUAAGAACGUUUGGCUCUACUAAGACCGACCAUCAGAUCUUAGUAGAGCUGGGUCAAAUGAGACCAAAUACUGGGGAGAAAAUGUCUGAAUUCGCGUUCAGAAUGCAGGCAAAAUACCAAACUAUGAACAUACCUCCUUCUGAGAAUGAACAGGUCUCUUGCAUCAGGAAUCAUUUAAAUUCUGAAGUCAGGAACCUGGUGUUUGCUAGACACGUGGACAAUUACGAAGACCUGUUGGCUGCAAUACAUGAAGCUACUCAGACAUUAGAGGAGGGGAGUCGCGUAUUCGGGAAAGACAAAACAGUAGAAGAACCUAAAAUUUUUAAAAACCGGGAAAAAUCGCGAUUUUCUGCGCUUCAGAGUCUGCGAGGUACGGAAUUUUAUCUUGAAUCGGAUCGCGGUCGUCAGCCAUUAGUUAUUGAGGAAAUUAAAGAGGGUAAGGGCGGUGAACAUAUCAUCUGCGCUUCAGCAGGUGUCUCAACUGUCACUUCUGGUCAAUACGGUCAAAGAAGUGAUCAAUAUCGUCCGCGUUAUAACACACAAUUUCAAGGUCAACAAAGUACACAACCUCAAUAUCCUCAAACUCAUAGAUCCUACCCUCCUCGGACACAAAAUUAUCCUGGUAGACAAGGUUUUAUAAAUAACAACUCCAAUCAGUUCUCCCAACGAAAUCAGACAAACCCUUCCCAGUCUAACAACAAUUAUAUACCCUGGCUACCUAAUGCUCCUAGAAAUAACCGACCCUGCUAUAAUUGCGGUGAGUCUGGUCAUACCUUCGAUACAUGUACUAAUCCUAGACGUGAUGUCUGUAAUUAUUGUAACAUGGUGGGACAUACGAGACAGACAUGUAGACGUUUACAACAACCCCCAAAUCAGCGUGCUCUUCCAGCACCUAAUACUGAGCAAAAUAAAACUGACAGAGUAGAUAGAAAAAACGAAUAA